CCAAGGAAAACCGAGGACGAGGGAGAAAGAGGCCUUGUUCCCCUGCUUCUCCUGCCGUGGCCAUGAUGCUGCCCUUCCUGAGGGGCUUGGUGCUGAGGGAGGGCGCCUGCGAAGCUGCCCCCGAGGGCCCUUCCAGGUACGAGAGCCUCUUCAGGAAGCUAGACCUCAACCAGGAUGGCCGCGUCGACAUCGCCGAGCUCCAGGCCGGGCUCCAGGCCCUGGGACUCCCCCUCGGGGACGACGCCGAGAAGAAAAUUUUCAGAGCUGGUGAUACCAACCAGGAUGGCAGGCUGGAUUUUGAAGAAUUUACACAGUAUCUUAAAGAUCAUGAGAAGAAAAUGAAACUAGCAUUUAAAAGUUUGGAUAAAAACAAUGAUGGAAAGAUUGAUGCCUCUGAGAUUGUUCAGUCCCUCAAGAUACUUGGUAUAGAUAUUUCAGAAAAGCAAGCCGCAAAGAUUCUACAAAGCAUGGAUGCUGAUGGGACCAUGUCAGUGGACUGGAAUGAAUGGCGGGACCAUUUUUUGUUUAAUCCAGCUACAGACAUUCAGGGCAUUGUUCGUUACUGGAAGCAUUCCACGGUAUUGGACAUUGGAGAUAGUUUAACUAUCCCAGAUGAGUUCACAGAAGAAGAGAAAAAGACUGGUCAGUGGUGGAAGCAGCUUUUGUCUGGAGGUGUUGCUGGUGCCGUCUCGCGGACAGGCACGGCACCACUCGACCGCCUUAAAGUCAUGAUGCAGGUUCAUGGUUCAAAAGGAAAAAUGAACAUAGCAGGUGGUUUGCAGCAGAUGGUGAAAGAAGGAGGAGUCCGUUCACUCUGGAGGGGAAAUGGUGUUAACGUUGUUAAAAUUGCACCCGAAACAGCUAUCAAGUUCUGGGCAUAUGAACGGUAUAAGAAGAUGUUUGUUAAUGAAGAGGGAAAGAUAAGAACUAUGGAAAGGUUUAUAUCUGGUUCCCUAGCUGGGGCAACUGCACAGACUUCUAUUUAUCCUAUGGAAGUAUUAAAGACCAGACUAGCUGUGGGUAAAACAGGACAAUACUCUGGAAUGUUUGACUGUGCUAAGAAAAUCCUAAGACGAGAAGGUGUGAUGGCCUUUUACAAAGGUUACAUUCCCAAUAUUUUGGGCAUAAUUCCUUAUGCUGGGAUAGACCUGGCAGUUUAUGAGGCUUUGAAGAAAACAUGGCUAGAAAAAUACGCAACAGAUUCAGCCAACCCUGGGGUGCUUGUGUUGCUGGGAUGUGGUACUUUAUCUAGUACCUGUGGCCAGUUGGCCAGUUAUCCUCUUGCCCUUAUCCGAACUCGAAUGCAGGCUCAAGCCAUGGUAGAUGGUGGCCCUCAGCUAAAUAUGGUUGCUCUCUUCCAAAGGAUUAUUGCUAAGGAAGGACUCCUGGGACUUUAUAGGGGCAUUGCUCCUAACUUCAUGAAAGUGCUUCCUGCUGUCAGCAUCAGUUACGUGGUGUAUGAGAAGAUGAAGGAGGGCCUGGGAAUAGCAUGAAAGAAGGGAGCAAAGUCAGAGUUUAUUAUGGAAUAUGUACAUCAAAAGAAACCUUAUUGGAUGCUAAAUUUAAUCAUGUUUACAACUGAAUAUAUGUCCUCUGUGCAAAGAUUCUAUGGGGAACACUUCACUGGAAAACACCCACAAACCUGAAACAAUCAUGAACCAGGUACCUUAAAAAAAAGAUGGCCCUAAACCUUAAUCAUGAAAAAUGUUUCAUUGCACAUUCAGUUGCAUGCUGGAAGAUGUCCACUUCCAGUCAAGUAGACUUAUUUUUCUAAUUUCCCUAAAACAUGUUUGAGGAGAUUAAAGAUGACAUAGAAAGUGCUUAAUCAUGAAGAUUUGCAUUUGGUCAUUCAGUGAAUAGUGGCAUCCCUUACAUACCAAAGAUAAAGGAGAGCUUACUGAAUCUUUGUAUUUAUAUUCUUUAAUGGGAAAAUGGAGAUAUUAAAAAUUGUGUUACAAGUUUUUCUUAAAUGUUUCUUUAAAAGUCCUGGAAAACAGCACAAUGAGAACCAAUAUAAUUGCUUAGUUCUUAGAUAUAUCAAUCGAUUUCCCCUCCCCAGUCAGUUAAAAUACUAAGAAAAAUGGUGCACAGUCUGCCAAAAACACUUCUAAUCAGUGGUGCUGGUGAGGUGAAAUGAAUGUGAAUUGGACAGGUGUAUUUUCCAGCAAUUUCUAAUUAUUUCAGUGGAAUUUAAAUGUGUGUGUAUGGUGUAUCUAAAAUCAGGCUUGAGUAAAGCUCAGACUAAAUCAGAAGACAGUCAUAAUUAAGUCUCAUUUGUUUCCAUGGGACUUAGUUGCAACUGACUGGUGAAACACAGUCUUGGGAGACUGCAUCCAUUGGUCAAAUAUUUCAGUUGUAUUUGAAUACAAAUGUUUAGUGCCUUAUGGGCUAAUUUUCACGUCACUUGCUAAAUGUUCAAACAAAAAGCAAAGACUAUUUUGAUGCUGACUGUUUAUUUACUACAGAAACCUGGCCUUUUGUGUAUCAGUGCUGUCUUGGGAUGUUAAAAAUCCCAAUAAUAUUAUUUUGAACAUAUGCUUCAUUAUAUGGUCAUUGUCUUGAUGGGGGAGUGUUUCAAUGUAAGUAAUUAAUGACCUGAUUAUGUGAGAGGCCACCAAAUGCAAUUCACAAUUAAUAUAAGAAUGAUGCAAUUUGUGUAGAAACCCAUCCAUUUGUCCUUUUUUAAUGAUGUAGAAGAGAAUGCAGACGAUUGGAAAACUAUCUGUCUCUUCUCUUGAGCCCUAGAUCAAAUUACAUGGGAUUUUGGCUAAGAGCAAUCAGUACAUUGUUUACAUGGACACUAAUAAGGAACAUUCCCAUCAUGGUACAAAACUUAGUAAAAUCACAGUUAAGCAACUACUAAUCAAGCCAUCAGCUUGUUGAUCAGGAUAGAGACGCAAGAAAAUAUUGUGUUGAAAAACCCCUCUCUUCUUGCAAGGCUGCCACAAGAUUUUUUUUAAAGGAAUGAAGAUUUCUUGAAUGAACUGUCAGAUUUAAAAGUGCCUGUCAAAUGGAAAACUGAUGCAUGCUGAUUAGUUAUGUAUAUCACUGAAAGCUCAAUUACAGACACUGCUUAGCAUAACAGAAUGUAUGACUUUUAUAAUUUUUCUUCAAGAUGUGUCCCAGCUUCCUAACUUUACAAAACUGCCCACAUGUGAGGAUGUGGAAAAUUGCAUUGGAGUGAUUUAUUGUUGCUUUUUUUGAGCUUUCAAACUGAUUCAGGUGUCACAUUACACUGAAGCUCUGCAAGUACUGUCUUGAAUAAACAUUGCUUGUUAUUCCAUAACCUUCACAAGAGCUAAUCAAAAGUCAGUUUGUGAACUUCUUUAUGGACCAAUUCCUUCAUGCUGUCAAAUAUGCAACUAUAUGAUCAUCUGCUAUUUUUAAAAAUAGUUGUUGGCUUAUCUCCCCAUGGCAACUAAUUCACAUCAGCCUCUUUGUUGUGGUUGUAUGCUGAUGUGAAACACUUUGAUUCUGCAAACUGUCUCUAGGAAAAACCUAGAACAGAGUUUAUUUGCUAUUGGUGUUUUUUGCUCCCUUUUGGUUUACAUUUCUUUAGCCCUCCAUUACAAAGUUAGUGGGUUGAUCUUGUAUAUUGAUGUUAAGUAUCUGCUUCUGCAUGAUAAGCACUUUGAUAUGGGCACGAACCAAAAAAAAAAAAAAAAUCAAGAGAAGUGGAGUUCUUUUAAAAAUUGCCUCUUCCUUUCAAAUGUUGCUUUUUCUCUGUUUUAGUAGAAGAACUUUUCCUGGGUCCAAACUGAUCAAGACUACAAAUAAAAUAAAAUAAAAUCCACAAAUGAUUUUUGACUGGCUUAGGGAGCAAAUGUUAUUUCUCCAAACAGUACACUCCACAUAAGAGAACCUAAAUGAGCACUUUUAAAAUUGUAUGGCAUUUUAAGUCAGAGGUGGUAAAGCAAGCACCUUUUAAUAGGCUUUAAAAGUUUUUUUGUAAGGGUCUGACUAAGAGCAUAAUCUACAAAUCAUGGCUUCUACAUAGCCCUUAUUCUUUCCAGUGGGGUUAGGAUGGGUUGUGCUCAAUAGCCAGUGCUCAUGGUUUAGGAAAGGCAGCUUUUUCACAUUGUUUCCUGUCUUGUUAUAGAAACUUGCACUGUUCGUGCAGUUAUUAAAAACCAAAGAAUUAAGGAAAGGCUUGCUAUGUCUAUAAAAGAUUGCUUGUAAUGUAUUUGCCUUUUGAUACAUUUAUUUUUCUACAGUUUCCUUUGAAAUAUUUUGUUUUGCAUGCAAUUCUAAGUAGUAUGUGAACCAAAUUUGAUUUUCAUGUGUAAGUGACCUUAUGAAAAUGUUGGGGUUGCCAAUUUAUUUUUGACUCUUGGAAGAAUAUGUGAGACAAUGCAAUCAAUGUGAUUGGUGCCUGCAAAGAGUUGAGUUCUAAUUGUGUAUGCUUUGAUCAGUUUCGUGAAAGAAAAGCUGAUCAUCUUUUGUAAACCUAUAAAUCAUACCUGUUUAUAAUAAAUGAGCUUUCAUAAUGGCACUGAUAAAGUUCUUUUAAAAAAGUU